AAAUAUUUUAAUGGGAUGUCAAAAAGUGAGGUGCAGAGAAAAAUCAGAAGGAAAUAUUAUUAAAUUUUAGUGAGCAGCGUGUAGUGCACAAUGUCUAGUUCAGAUCCUCAAAAUUAUGAGGAAUACAAUAACUCAGAAUGGGUACCAAUUGUAUUUACAUUCUUUGAGUACCCCAGAGGUGAUACUUUCGGUAAAUUACUCGCCUUGAGUAGCUUAAUGCCCCAUUGUAUUGGUGUAGGAUUCAUUACUCUCAUCCUUUUCCGGAGGGAUUUGCACACAAUUUUCUUCUUCCUUGGGCUGUUGCUGAAUGAAUUAGUCAAUAAGAUACUGAAAACCACAAUUGGGGAACCACGUCCCCUUGUUAGACCUAAUCCAUCCACAGAGUACGGAAUGCCCUCCAAUCAUUCACAAUUUAUGUGCUUCUUCUCCACAUAUGUCCUAUUAUUCGUUCUAAUAAGACUGCAUCAUAUGAACAACAAUGCCCCACUGGAGAGGGCAAUGCGAAUCCUUGUUCUUGCCAUUUGCUGGAUGACAUCUUUUAUAGUUUCUUUUGGGCGUAUUUAUUUGCAAUAUCAUACAACGGCUCAAGUGUAUGUGGGUGCUCUUAUAGGCAUUUGCACAGGAGCUAUAUGGUUCACCGUGAUACAUUUCUUCCUGACCCCGUACUUCCCACGCAUUGUAACAUGGAAAAUCUCGGAAUUCCUCCUUUUGCGAGACACAACCCUCAUACCAAAUGUCCUCUGGUUCGAAUACACAGUCACGCGGCAGGAAGCACGUGCGAGGUCUCGAAAGUUAAUCAGCAUGAAAUCCCAGUGACAUCGCUGUUGGUUCUAUCGAUAAUGAAACUACUUUUGGGUGGGAUUUGUAAGUAAUAUAUAGCAAUUUUUCCUUUUUGUUAUUUUUUUGGCUGUUUAAUGAUAAAAUUUAACAAGUAAACCGCAAUGAUUACUUACUGAAAAAGAAAAAUGAAUUAUCAGUAAAUUAAUCAUAAAUCGUCGUAUUUAUAAAUUAAAUAAAAAUAAAACAUAGCUAGUUUUUACCUAAAUUUUUGUCAAACUUAAAUAGGGAAAACAUUAGCACUUUGUAUAAGGUAUAUAUACAUAUACUCAAACAUCGCAAUGAUUUUUUAUUCUUUUUUUUACAUGCAGUAAUACGUAUUUUUAGGUGAAAUAAGGGAAAUGUUUAGGAUGUAUCUAUUGUGGGUUAUUUUAUUUAUUACGAUAGACUUAGAUUUACUAAAUGAAACAAGAAAAAAAAACAGUAAAGUUAAUGCACAAAUUCUAACAUUUGAUUAGCAUUUCAAAAAAGACCUAACUUAGAAUUCAAAAUUUCUUUUUGGUUUCAAAAAAUAUAUAUUUAUUUUUAACAUAAAGCUAAAAGCGCUUAAUUAUUUUAUUUUUAAUGAAGAAAAACAAAUAAGAAAAUAUCAAAAAAGGAUUUUCUCAGGUUUUUUUUUGAUAAAUACAUUGCCAGGAAAUUGUGUUUAAAUGCCUUUUAUUCUUUUUCUACUCAAAUAAAAAAAAUCUUAACAAAUUGAAAAACACGCAAUUCGUGCGACAAAAUCACUUGCAAACCUUCAAAUGGUUGUUUUUUUUAAAUUACUUUUAUACCUUAAAAUGCAGAUAGUUUACAAGUUUAACUUUUGUCUUUCAAUAAUUUUAAAUUUCUUAAAAUAUUUUUUUAUACCACAAUUUAAUCUUUUUUUCUAUAAUUUUGUACUUUUGUAGUAAAAUCUAAAAAUAAAAAAAAAUUGUAGGUAAAGGAAUCUCAGAAAAAUGAGAAAGAAAAAAUGCGUUAGUUAGGGAGAGUUCAAUUAAAUUUAAAUGAAAAUAAAGGAAAUGAUUAGGGGAGACUAGAGUUUAAAAAAAACACGUCAAAGAUGGAUUUAGGAAAAGCUAGUCUCCCCUAGGAAAAUCUCUGUAGCUGCGCUUUGAAGCUUUCCGUCGUAAUUCAUAAACUAAAUUAAACUACAUUUUUACAUGCGAUUAAAACAUGAAAGAAAAAUAAAUUCAAAUUUUGAAAUGAAAAAAGAAAACUCUGAAUGUUGGAUUAUUUAUUACAAACUUUUCACAUUUUACAUAAUUGUCUAUACUAAAUAAUAUUGAGGUGUAGAUAAAUUAUAUUUAAUAUUUCAAUAAAUUGUAUUGCAGAUUAAGCUGUAUAUUGUAAAAAAAAACCUUUAAUUGUCGAGAAAUUUUGUAUAUAAUGUAGUUUAUAAACUGCUCUUCUUUUUUAAAUGAAUAAUAAUAUAAAUUUCAACAGAUUAAAUUUAA